AUGUAGAUUCCUCGUGAUUAAAUGAGGAAAGGUCUGUAAAAAUACAAUUCCAAUUAUAGAAAUCAGGGGAAUAGAAGACAACAAACACAGAACUUGAUGCCUCCAGAUAUCAUACCAAAAGGAAUGUUGAGUAUGAACUCGGGAUUGAAAACUGAGAAAAAUACAAAAUUAAAUGAGACAGGUAAUUUAGUAGCAUAUGUCUAGAAACCACAGAUGUAACUCAUAAUAAUCUUGGUUUCAGUCAGCAAUUACAAUACUAAGUAAGAGUUGAACAUUUAGAUUUGGGAUUCUUCAAAGUCUAACCUUGCAAGGUUAUGGGUAAUCACAAUCACAAACAAUGUCCCUUCUUUCACAAUCCCAAGGAUCGCAAGAGGUAUCACUUGAUUUCAUCGAGUUUUUAGAGUCGGAGUGGAGUAUUCAGCUGAUUUGUGUCAAUACAUCGAAAAUAAUUCAAUUUGUCCAUAUGGAGACAAUUGCAAUAGAGCUCAUAAUAGAGUGGAAUAACUAUAUAGAGUAGAUAAUUACAAAACCAAAUUCUGCUCCUAUUACCCCAAUAACAUUCAACAAUGCGAUUAUGGGAAAUUCUGUUCGUUUGCUCAUUCAGAAGGUGACAUAGCAAUAGAACUCAUUCACAAUUUAGAAUAUGACGACGACUUCUUCAUUUUCUAUUACAAAACAGUGUGGUGUCCAUUCAAUCUGACUUAACAUGACAAGUCCCUUUGUGUGUAUGCCCACAAUUGGUAAGACUUUAGAAGGAAACCGCAAGGAUACAAUUACAUUCCAUAGUCAUGCUCCAAUUGGAAUACCAAUGAAUACAUCACAGAAUAUAGUUAUGGAUGUCCGGAGGCUUUUAGUUGUAAUAAAUGUCAUGGGUGGAAGGAACUAGAGUACCAUCCCAUCUUAUUUAGAACUAAACAAUGUGUCAAUUCAAAUUGCAAUAAAUAAGAUUGCUCCUUCUAUCACCAUUAAUAGGAACGAAGGUAUUGAUUGCAAUCUAUUUUAGGUACAUUGAACAAUCAUCUCAAUCGAGAAUAUUUAAGAUUGUGCCUAGAAAUAGGAUUAUAUAGAAUGUCUUCAAGGUUCGGGAACGAAGUUUGCAGACAUCAUCUUAAAGAAAUCAGAAAUCUUAAGAUACUUGCAGUGACCAAUAAUAGUGGCUCAGUCAUAAUUUGUAGAAUAGUUUUCAAUAUGAACCAGAAUCUGAUACUGUUGUUGAGUUUAAAAAUAAGGGCGAACAUUAUCAAACCGCCCUUAUUUCCAUUCUCGAGCGAACAGGUAUGUUUUAACCCAAUAAAAUCUAGAUUCUGAAGAACUGAAGGAUUUGAUGAGAAAGAAAUCCUUCUCUGUUGAUAUUAUUGAUGACAACGAGUAGAUUAGAGGAGUCCUAAAAAUGAUAGACUUGGAUUCGUGA